UGCGGCGCAGAGGGUCUGCGGGGGCUGCAGUGGCCGGACCCUAGGGCCCCAGCCGCUCCAAGAUCGUGACCUUGGCGUAGGCAGCGGGCCCUGCGCGCUGUCUUAAGCACGUCUCGUGAAGACCCACGGCUGAGGGGCCGGCGCUGCCCCCGGUGAGGGAGCCCGGGCUGGGGCGCCAGAAAUCUCUACAUGAUGUGGCUUCUGAAGACUCAAGAACGACCUACCUUACUAGCCUGCAAUGGAGAAGGCAGAAAUAGAAAUUCACACACCACGGUUCCGUCCUGCUAUUAAUUGCUCUGCAGACAUGUGCCCCCACCACAGGGAGUGAGCCACAGCAACGGGGGAAGUUCUCAGGGCCCCCAGACCACCUGCACUCUUGGUCCUCCCCCUGGAGGGAAAGCAGAACUAUGGCAUUUUCCACCUGCUGUUGGAUCCUCUUGGCUUUGACUUGGUGUACGUCUGCAUAUGGGCCCGACCAGCGAGCCCAGAAGAAAGGGGACAUUAUCCUCGGGGGACUCUUUCCUAUUCAUUUUGGAGUAGCAGCCAAAGAUCAGAACCUAGAGUCAAGGCCGGAGUCUGUGGAAUGUAUCAGGUAUAAUUUCCGUGGAUUUCGCUGGUUACAAGCUAUGAUAUUUGCCAUAGAGGAAAUAAACAGCAGCCCAGCCCUUCUUCCCAACAUGACGCUGGGAUACAGGAUAUUCGACACUUGCAACACCGUUUCUAAAGCCUUGGAAGCCACCCUAAGUUUUGUGGCCCAGAACAAAAUUGAUUCUUUGAACCUUGAUGAGUUCUGCAACUGCUCAGAGCACAUCCCCUCUACCAUCGCCGUGGUGGGAGCAACUGGCUCAGGCAUCUCCACGGCAGUGGCAAACCUGCUGGGGCUCUUCUACAUCCCCCAGGUCAGCUAUGCCUCCUCCAGCAGACUCCUCAGCAACAAGAAUCAGUUCAAGUCCUUCCUCCGUACCAUCCCCAAUGAUGAGCACCAGGCCACCGCCAUGGCUGACAUCAUUGAGUACUUCCGCUGGAACUGGGUGGGCACCAUUGCGGCUGAUGAUGACUAUGGCCGGCCAGGAAUUGAGAAGUUCCGAGAGGAAGCUGAGGAGAGGGACAUCUGCAUCGACUUCAGCGAACUCAUCUCCCAGUACUCUGAUGAGGAAGAGAUCCAGCAGGUGGUGGAGGUGAUCCAGAAUUCCACAGCCAAAGUCAUUGUCGUCUUCUCCAGUGGCCCAGAUCUGGAACCCCUCAUCAAAGAGAUCGUCCGGCGCAAUAUCACGGGCAAGAUCUGGCUGGCCAGUGAGGCCUGGGCCAGCUCUUCCUUGAUUGCUAUGCCUGAGUACUUCCAUGUGGUCGGAGGCACCAUUGGAUUCGCUUUGAAGGCGGGGCAGAUCCCAGGUUUCCGGGAAUUCUUGCAGAAAGUCCAUCCCAGCAAGUCUGUCCACAAUGGUUUUGCCAAGGAGUUUUGGGAAGAAACAUUUAACUGCCACCUCCAAGAAGGUGCUAAAGGACCUUUAACCACAGACACCUUCCUGAGAGGUCACGAAGAAGGUAGUGGCAGGAUAAGCAAUAGCUCCACUGCCUUCCGACCUCUCUGUACAGGGGAUGAGAACAUCAGCAGUGUCGAGACUCCUUACAUGGAUUAUACACAUUUACGGAUAUCCUACAACGUCUACUUAGCCGUCUACUCCAUUGCUCAUGCCCUGCAAGAUAUAUACACCUGUAUACCUGGGAGAGGGCUCUUCACCAACGGUUCCUGUGCAGAUAUCAAGAAGGUUGAGGCUUGGCAGGUCCUGAAGCACCUACGGCACUUAAACUUUACCAGCAAUAUGGGGGAGCAGGUCACUUUCGAUGAAUAUGGUGACCUGGCAGGGAACUAUUCCAUCAUCAAUUGGCACCUCUCCCCGGAGGAUGGCUCCAUAGUAUUUAAGGAAGUUGGAUAUUACAAUGUCUACGCCAAGAAAGGAGAAAGGCUCUUCAUCAAUGAGGAGAAAAUCCUGUGGAGUGGAUUCUCCAGGGAGGUACCCUUCUCCAACUGCAGCCGAGACUGCCUGGCAGGGACCAGGAAAGGAAUCAUUGAGGGGGAGCCCACCUGCUGCUUUGAGUGUGUGGAGUGUCCAGAUGGGGAGUACAGCGAUGAGACAGACGCGAGUGCCUGUGAUAAAUGCCCUGAUGACUUCUGGUCCAAUGAGAACCACACUUCCUGUAUUGCCAAGGAGAUUGAGUUUCUGUCCUGGACUGAGCCCUUUGGGAUUGCACUCACCCUCUUUGCCGUGCUGGGCAUUUUCCUCACCGCCUUUGUGCUGGGCGUCUUCAUCAAGUUCCGAAACACGCCCAUCGUCAAGGCUACCAACCGGGAGCUCUCCUACCUUCUCCUCUUCUCCCUGCUCUGCUGCUUCUCCAGCUCCCUGUUCUUCAUCGGGGAGCCCCAGGACUGGACCUGCCGCCUGCGCCAGCCGGCCUUUGGCAUUAGCUUCGUGCUCUGCAUCUCGUGCAUCCUGGUGAAAACCAACCGUGUCCUCCUGGUGUUCGAAGCCAAGAUCCCCACCAGCUUCCACCGGAAGUGGUGGGGGCUCAACCUGCAGUUCCUGCUGGUCUUCCUCUGCACCUUCAUGCAGAUUGUCAUCUGUGCCAUCUGGCUCUAUACCGCGCCCCCUUCAAGUUACCGCAACCAUGAGCUGGAGGAUGAGAUCAUCUUCAUCACCUGUCACGAGGGCUCGCUCAUGGCCCUGGGCUUCCUGAUCGGCUACACCUGCCUGCUGGCUGCCAUUUGCUUCUUCUUCGCCUUCAAGUCCCGGAAGCUGCCGGAGAACUUCAACGAAGCCAAGUUCAUCACCUUCAGCAUGCUCAUCUUCUUUAUCGUCUGGAUCUCUUUCAUUCCAGCCUACGCCAGCACUUACGGCAAGUUUGUCUCUGCUGUGGAGGUGAUCGCCAUCCUGGCGGCCAGCUUCGGCUUGCUGGCCUGCAUCUUCUUCAACAAGGUCUACAUCAUCCUCUUCAAGCCAUCCCGCAACACCAUCGAGGAGGUGCGCUGCAGCACCGCAGCCCACGCGUUCAAGGUGGCGGCCCGCGCCACGCUGCGCCGCAGUAACGUCUCCCGCCAGCGCUCCAGCAGCCUGGGGGGCUCCACCGGAUCCACCCCCUCCUCCUCCAUCAGCAGCAAGAGCAACAGCGAGGACCCCUUCCCGCAGCCAGAGAGGCAGAAGAAGCCGCAGCCUCUGGCCCUGACACAACAUGUGCCGCAGCCGCAGCCGCAGGCACCCUCCACCCCACAGCAGCAGCCACAAUUGCAGCAGCAACCCAGGUGCAAACAGAAGGUCAUCUUCGGCAGUGGCACAGUCACCUUUUCGCUGAGCUUUGACGAGCCUCAGAAGAGUGCCACGGCUCACAGGAAUUCCACACACCAGAACUCCCUGGAGGCCCAGAAAAACAACGAUGCCCUGACCAGACACCAGGCGUUACUGCCGCUGCAGUGCGGGGAGGCAGACGCAGAACUGACCACCCAGGAGACAGGCCUGCAGGGGUCUGUGGGUGGGGACCACCAUCCAGAGGUGGAGGACCCCGAGGAGAUGUCCCCAGCACUUGUAAUGUCCAAUUCACGGAGCUUUGUCAUCAGCGGCGGAGGAAGCACUGUUACAGAGAACAUGCUGCAUUCCUAAAAGGAAAGGCCAGUCCAGAUAGAAUCCAGAAAGCUGUCCUGGAAUCAUGUUCCUAGACAAGGAUAGGAAUUGCCCCAGACGCCUUCCCUCCAAGAAGGAGGAAAUAGACACCAAACAACUGGAACUUAGUUGUGCUCCUGUGAACUGACAGUGAACUUAAUAUUCCCUUUAAAAUUAAAGAGAAGAAGAGCCGUG